AUGCCAUCCGUUUUCAAGAACUUUCGAAAGCCGUUCUCAAAGUCCUCCGAGGCGAAAUCGUCAAAGCGUAAGAGCUCAGACUCGACCGCGGCAAUUGGCACAGAGCCCUCUGCGAAUUUGACCAGAGACGAUGCAAAUCUAGCUUCCCCUUUGGCCACCGACGCUUCUAGUUCCGCAGAUGGAUCUGCAUCCACCAAUUCCACAUCGUCUAUCCUCAUAGGCAGUGAUCUUCACACCCAGCAGAGCUUCCACGGUGUCUCGCCAAUCGGCCCAACUGUAGCAAGUGGCGACAAGAAAGGCAUCUUCUCUCUCGACAUAGCCAAACAGGCAGUCGAUCAGAUCGUUUCCAGAUCUGUCAUCACAGUCGAAUCAAUCAAUGUCGCCCAUCUGACACCCGACGGAUUCCACAUCGCUUUGCAUAUUCGCGUUGCUAAAACAGGUCCCGCAAAGGCCAAGAUCACCUUUCCCGAUGGCAUCGACCUCUACCUUCACCCCACAGAUACAUCAAGAAUCGCCAACAUCCGCUUGUCUCCGAUCAAGAUUCGCAAUGCCAACAAACAGACCGGUCUCACUGUCGAAGGAAGGCUCACUGCAGCCUCGACUGGCCCCUCAUCCGCCCAUCAGGGUCUCGAUGUCCUCUUCCGCACCUUGUUAGUUUCAAGCAGCAACGUCAUCUUGAAGGUGGCCUCAUCCAAUACCGAAGUCAAAGCGUACGGCAUGUCCUUUAAACGAAUAACAAUCGAGAAAGAAAUCUCUUUUCAAGGCCUGAGCAGUCUCGGCGGGGUUCUCUCCUUCGGUACCCCGCCGUCUGCGUCUUCCACACCGAUCCCUCAACGCAGCGCCAUCCAAGAUUUCCAGAUAUUGGGCGGUGAUCCUGUCUCGGGCAUCUCGUUUCAAGCCAUUGUUGAGCUCAACAAUCCAGCUCAGAUCACUGCACAGAUGGGCCGUAUUAGACUGAACCUGCUGACGGACAUCGCUGAACUCAGAGCCAGCGGCCAAGAUCACAAUGCUGUCGUUGGGCAAGUUUUUCUGCCCAACUUUUCCCUCAAGCCUGGAUCCUCGAAAGUUGCGAUUCAUGGCAACGUUCUUGUGGUACAACAAGGCGAUCCUGCACGCAUCGCUGGUAUCGCUCUGAUUCGCUCUCUGCUCGAGAACCGCCCCAUUUCGGUCAACGUGGUUGGCUCUGAUGCUUCCUCGGAAGUCCCGUGGGUCGCCGCCAUCUUCAAAGAGGUCCAUAUCUCGGCUCUUCUUCCCGCCCUCGGCAUCAGCUCCAAGCUUCUGGACGGCGCAUCGCUCGUGCCCCCCGAAGAGAAUGGCUCAACGCCCAGAUCUCAGCUUUACGCCCGCGCGACGCUGCGCAACCAACUUGGCCCACUGCUGCACAUUCACUCGCUCAAGGCACAAGCAUUCCAGGACUUCGAACCGGAUACGAAUGGCUCAGCAUCUUCAUCUACUGAUCUGAACCCCAUCCAUCUGGGAGACAUUAGUACACCUCCCGAUUGGCCUGUUCUCACGCUCUCCUCCGACAAUCCUGUUCAUGCUAGUCUUCCCUUCAGCUUAUCGGGAGGCGGCGCCUCUUACGUGCAUAUCCUGCAGACUGAAGCAAAAAGAAAGGGUAUCGAGCUUAACCAAAAGCUGGUUUCGGCAUUGCAGCUCAUGCCGGUAGGCGAAGGUCAGGCCAAGGUGGCAAUCGAAGCACCUCAUUCGCAAAUCAAACGCAAAAAUGAGCCACGAGAAGCCAUCGACCUGCCCAAUCUUGUGGCUAGUGCUCUUUCGUCACUCAAAGUUUCGGCGCACAUCUCUGCCGAGGUCUCGAUCGGUGACUUUCGUAUUCCGGGCGAGAUUCACUUCGUCCAGCAUCAGCUGCCCAUCGCCAUCACCGUAAAGACAGCUCGAACCAUCCUGCCUUCGGUUGGCGCUCCGCUCGUCGACGCUCUGAUCGACCAAGCAAGGAUCUCGAUCACCAGGCUUAAAAUCCUCGACAUGGACGAAAAGGGGCUCAGUGUGGAAGCUGAUAUUGGCCUAGUCGACUUUGGACCAUUGGACGUUGAAAUCCACUUCGACCAAGGACUUGACAUCACAGGAACAUCCGCCAUUGAUGCCGAAAACAAGUCAGCAUCCAUUGCUCGCAUCGUGUUUGGUGAACCUUUGCGAGGAAUUGCAGGCAGCGAGGAGCUGCUCAGGACGCGGCUGCGCAUCCUUCCAACCGUCGGACCAAAAAGUGUGGCCAAUUUUGCAACCUUCGUAUCGCAACUCAUUCAAGCUGACGAGCUUCCGGUUCGCAUUUGUUCCGACGCUUGUCGGGUCAUAGCUGGUGGGGCAGACUUUUCAGCUGUGCUCACCAAGUCUGUCCGUUUACCCGGACUUUGUGGAAUGGAGGGCUUGACCUUGGAAGGUCUCGACAUUUUUGACGAGGUCGCCGCUCCAACAGGUCCAGGGCGAGGUCGAGCUUUGAGCUCUGCAUCUGCGUCAAGUGGCAACUCUGGUCACGUCGGUGGCAAAGAGAAGGCAUUCCGGAUUCGAACGCAAGUCCGCAUCCCACACAAGGGACAUCUUGCAGUUGCGCUUUCCAAGAUCGAAGCGGGUAUCGAAUUUGAAGGCGUUCAAGUCGGCAUCAUCUCUGCCGAAGACAUCGUUUUCGCGCUCAACACGACACACGUGGAGUUCGAAGCCAAUGGAUACAUUUUCAUCGGGAGGGAAUCUCUUAAGGAAGGCCAGUCCGUCGCUGAGUACAGACUAGCUGCUCUGGAAACGUUUGGGAGGCUUGCAAGCGCCCUCCUUUCUGGUACGCCUGCUGAGCUGACCGUCUCAGGCUACCGAGCGUUUGCUAUGGGCGAGAUGCAGCUCAAUUCUCUCAAUCGAGCUCCGUUGUCUCCUCACCUUCGCAGCAAUCCUUCUGCUACGACUUUGCAGAGGACAUUGUCCGCUUCUACUCAGAGGGCAGCUCCUACCAAACUCUUCCGAGCUGGCAGCGUAGGUACGUCAGGUAGUGCAGCCUUUGCGCAGAAACAAGUUCCGUGGUUGGAUUUGGCCUUUCAGCAAGUUUCGAUCAAGACGAUCCUACACCAGGGCAUAUAUCCGGUCAUCAAGGGCAUGCAGAUUAAGCGGCUUUCCGCCAGCUUCCGUCGCCAAGAGCCUAUGGAUGCCGACAUUGACGAGAUCGCAUUCCAGGUCGAGGUGCCACUCAGCGUUCGUUUCGAGGUAUUGGCUGUCCAGGCCGAUAUCGAGGUGCAUUACGAAGGCCAUGGAUGCGUUGGUACAGGCCGGAUUGAUACAGACGUCCAGUCAUGCAUGCCAAUUGAAGAGAGUAGUGGCUCGGACGUAGAUGAAGGGGUGGGCAGAUCGUGUCGCCUGGUCCGGCUCUCGGCCGGAUCGUUCAAGCUGAUCACCAAACCCACAGAGGGUCUGGCCGAGCUUAUCGCACACAUUGCCGACUGCGAUCAAACAGAUAAGAUCAGCAUUCGCGGUAAGGCACGGGCGCGUGUCGACGUUGCGCUAGGAGAGAUUUACGUUGACGUGGACCUGGGAAAGCAUCCGCACGUGCUGCAAAUGGAGGGCUUGCGCGGGCUGCGAUCGAGCCCGGUCCAGUACACAAAUCUGCAAGUAGUCGAGGCUUCGAGCGACUACCUGAAGAUUGUGUUUUCGCUCUAUCUCAACAAUCCGAGCAAGACGUUCCAGGUGGCGCUGCCGGACACGGAUCUCACCAUGGCUGCCUUUUACAAGGGCUUGUACGUAGGAAGGGCUCAUAUCUCCAAGGGGUUCAAGUUGGAUUCUGGACCGGUUGCGGUGCACGACAUUCACUUUCGAUACUGUCCGCCGCCCGAGGUGGAGAGGGAAGUGCGCGACAUUCCCGCCAACUUCUUGUCCGGCCGCACCACGACGCUCGAAAUCCGUGGUGAUGACGAGUCGAGUGAGAUACCUCUGCUCAUCCGCGCACUGAAAAAUAUCCGUCUCUCCUUCGAUCUGAAGCCGAUGAUGGACCGAACGUUGAUCGACAGCAUUUCGAUCACAUUGGGCGUUUCUGCACUGACAUCAGCGUCGGUCGAUGCAGAGUUUGUCGUCAACAAUCCGUUGGGGGUGCCGUUUGAUUUGGUGGCCAUGUCUUUCAUGGCAUCGUACCAGGGCAAGCCUUUUGGCAGCUGCACCAUCACGUACGAGUCGAACCACCCACUGCGCGUACCCGCGGGCAGCGUAAAGCAGCCGGGUCAGCAGCGAAGCUCGGCGGUGUCGGUAAGCCUGGCACAACCGCUCGAGAGUAUGGUGGGUGCAUUUAUCAAGAGCAAAGGGCUGAUCAUGCUCGAUCUGGAAGUGGCCGCCAGGGUUGAGAUCCAAGGUUUUAAGAUCCCCAACUUUGAAUAUAGACAACCGUCGCUCCCGCUGAGUAUCAAGGGGUUGGAGGGCGUAUCCAAGUGGAUGAGGUUCCUCCCCUGA